CUUUGCUAUCAAUUUUUUUUCUCAAUUCACUUUUGUCCAUAUGGGUAUAGAAGACUAUUUCAAAAAGGCAGAUACCGGAAAGACGCCUGCUGCUCGAAAGAGAAAGCCAACUGAAAAAAGUGACGACGAUGAUGACUUUCAAGAACCGAAACUGAAGUCUAAGCACUUUGCUUCAACUGAAAAAAAAACUGUGGAUCCCAAAGACUUUUUCAGUAGCAAGCCUUCCGCAUCGAAAUCUAAAGUUUCCAAGGCAACUAAUGAGUCAAAGAAUGUUGAUUCAAAGACGGCAACUACUAACGAACCAAAGGCCAAAGAACCAAAGGCCAAAGAACCAAAGGCCAAAGAACCAAAGGCCAAAGAGCCAAAAACCAAGGAAACAAAAGCUAAAGAAACAAAAGCUAAAGAAACAAAGGCUAAAGACGUUAAGAAGCCAGUAGCAAGCAAAAAGACGUCAGCUACUAAGCGUAAAUUGGAAGACGAGGAUGAUUUUGAGGGUAACGAAGAGGAUGAUGAGGAAGAAGAUGACUAUAAAAACGAUGAAGCAGAGGAUGAUGACGAUUUUGAAGAGGAAGAAGAAGAGCCUGUGCGUCUUCAAAAGAAGGCAAAAAAAGCAACAUCACCUCCACCUCCAACGAAGAAGACGCCUUCAGAAAGUACAGCUCAAGAGCCCAAGACUAAAUCCAGACGUGUUCUUCCUACUGCUAAACCUACUGAUAAUGUACCUAUCAAGCAAGAGAAUGAGCCAGAAGAGGAGAAGCCUAAGACUGCUAAAAAGAACUAUUUUGCCAUGAUGAAGAGUGUUGAAGGACCUAAAGCUUUAGGCACUCGCCCUGAACCAGUGGGUGCUCCUAAUUGUUUUGAUGGAUGUGCUUUUGUUAUUAGUGGUCAAUAUGAAACUUUGACAAGAGAACAAACCCAAGACAUCAUUAAGCGUUAUGGAGGUCGUGUCACUGGUGCUGUAAGUGGUAAAACAACUUAUUUGUUAAGAGGCAGGGAUGCAGGCGAAUCGAAAUUAGCUAAAGCAAAGUCUUUGGGUACCAAGAUUCUUGAUGAAGAUGAAUUUUAUCAACUUGUUGAAAAUUCAGUUCCCAAGAAAGCAUCUGUUCCUACUCCCUCACCAGCUAAAGAAAAAGUCGACACUGCUAAACCUAGUCCUGCUAAAGGAAAAGGGAAAACAACUAAACCCAAUCCUGCUUCACCAUCGAAUAAUGACCAAUCUUCUAUCUUAUGGACUGAGAAAUACAAACCUACUGAGCUUAAAGAAAUCAUUGGCAACAAAGAAUUGGUUAACCAAAUCUCACAAUGGCUUGCUCACUGGCAGGAAAAUGCUGCUGCAAAUUUUGAUGGAACAGGCAUGCAAAGCUACAGAGCUCUUUUACUUAGUGGUCCUCCAGGUAUUGGUAAAACAACCACAGCCAAUGUUGUUGCUCGUAUCAAUGGGUAUGAAGCUCUUGAGUUCAAUGCAAGUGAUGUUCGUAGUAAAAAGAUUUUGGAAGAAAGUAUUUCUGAAAUGAUGGAUAAUCGUACAAUGACAGAAUUCUUUCAGUCAAACGAAAAGCAGGAAAAUCGUCUUCUCAAGGGUAAAAAAGUAGUUUUGAUUAUGGAUGAAGUGGAUGGCAUGUCUGCUGGUGAUCGAGGUGGUUCUGCUGAAUUGGCCAAAUUGAUCCGAGCAACCAAAAUUCCUGUGAUUUGUAUCUGUAAUGAUUCCCGAUCACAAAAGGUGGCACCUUUGUUAAGGGUUUGUUAUGAAGCCAAAUUUAGAAGAUCUACUGCUGCUCAAAUUCGUUCCAGAAUCCUUUCUAUUGCAUACAAAGAAAAACUCAAUAUUUCACCUAAUGCUAUUGAUGAAUUGGUUGCUGCCACACAAAACGAUAUUCGACAAAUAAUCAAUAUCUUGUCUACUUAUCGCCUAAAAGAGACUGACAUGAGUUAUGAUCAAGCAAAGACAGUAGGCAAGAACAACCAAAAGCAUUCUAUCCUUGGUUUGUUUGAUAUUCCUAGCGAACUCUUAUCUGCUGGUAACUGGCGUAACAAAUCAUUGUCCGAGAAGUAUGAAGUUUACUUUCAUGACUACAGUCUUUCUCAUCUUAUGAUUCAAGAAAACUAUUUGAAAUGUUCACCUGAAAGAGCAAGAUCUGAGACGGGCAAUCCUAAUGAAAUUGCUUGUAAUGAAAUGGAUUUGUUUGCUCAAGCAGCUGAAGCUAUUGCUGAUGGCGAUCUUGUUGAUACAAUGAUUCAUGGUACUGUUCAACAUUGGUCUCUUAUGCCUGUUCAUUCCAUUUUUUCAUGUGUAAGACCCUCCAGUUAUAUUCGAGGUGGUGUUCGUAGUCAAUAUGGUUUCCCUGGUUGGCUUGGUCAGUUCUCUAAGGCAGGCAAGUAUGCUAGACAACUGAGUGACGUUCAAACUCGUAUGCGCAUUAAGGCCUCCGGUGAUAAAUUCGAGAUACGACAAAACUAUGUUCCAACAUUGAACGAUCGUAUUUUUAGUGAGCUUUCUCAGGAAAACUACGACGAAGCAAUGGAGAUCAUGGAUACGUAUUACCUUGAUCGUGAAAGCUUGGAUACAUUGAAUGAUUUGACAUUUGCUCCAAGUGGAAAAGGACCUUUGGCCCAAUUGCCUACUAAAACCAAGACAACACUUACUCGAACGUACAACGCUAGAAAACAUCCCAUUUUAUUCCAAAUUAGCGGAGUACCAAUUAGAAAGUCAGUUUCUGGACCUAAGGAAGAUGCUGUCGGCCUUAUUGUGAACGAUGAUAAGCCUAUUGGUGAUGAUUUGUCUGAAGAAGAAGAGGAAGAAUAUCAAGAUCCUACAAAAGAGCUCAGUGAUGUUAAAUACAUAAAGGAGAAAGUCAAUAGGAGAAGAAAAGCAGAUGCUCCAUCCGGUAGAAGAGGAAAACGAAAGAUCGAAUAAAUUUGCUUCUGGACGGACCUGUUCUCUUUUUUUUUUUCGAGACAAAUCGAUAUAUAUCAAAUUGAAGAGUG